AUGGCAUCUCCAAGCACGAGCACCUCCGCCUCCGGCUCGUCUCCCGGCGCCCUACCCGGUCUGGCCAAGUUUGGCUGCAUCAACUGUCGGGAGCAGCAUCUGAAAUGUGAUCGAGUAACACCCACAUGUGGCCGCUGCCAAACUUCAGGCCGGGCCUGUCGUCCAACCGGCCUCAAGAUCCGUGUCAACACCGAGAAUGGCAAGUUUAAAUUCACAAGGAAACAGAAGUGGGUCAGGUUUCCAAAACGAUAUGUUUGGAUCGAUGAGACCACGACAGUCGGGCAUGAUCAGUCCAGCCCGGAAAGCGGGGCUGAAGAUUUUGAUACUGACUUGUUGAACUAUGCUGCCUCGCCAGAGCUUACCUCGCCAGAGCUUACCUCGCCAGGAGGAGCGACAGCCCCGCCAUCUGCUACCCUCUCCCAGGAAUCCUCAGUCCCGCCCGAGUCUAGACACUCGCCCAGUGAUCUUGCCAUUGUCACCAGAUUCGCUGUAGACGGGCACCAGUCUGCUGUGGAAGAACAGCCGUUUGCGGUCCAACCCUCUCUUCUCGGCGUUGAGGAGCCUUCCAAGUGGCCACUACCACAGGGUACCGAAGGCCAUCUCAUCCGUCACUUUGUUGAAAACCUGGCCCUCUGGCUCGACCUGUGCGAUCCAAACCAAUCAUUCCAGAUUGAAGUGCCCCGUAGGGCUGCAAAGUCUUCCAUCUUGCGAGACGCCAUGUUGGCGUUAUCUGCCCGGCAUCAGGCCAAUACCUGUCGAUCCUAUUACGAGGAGCAGGCCCAGGUCUAUGCUUUCCGGUGCAUUGAAAACAUCAACAAGAUCAGCAAGUGCGGGGGUCUCGCGGUGCUGGUCAACCGCGAGCCCAGGUUGGCUGAGAACUGUUUCGCUGCAGCCAUCAUUCUAAGAGUCAUGGAGGAAAUGCAAGAGUCCCAAACCCUCUUGAUGGACGAACAAGAUGUCAAAAGCCACGUGCAUCUCACGGGCAUUCGCGGGUAUACAAACAGCUAUGUCUCCCGUCACAAGGGCCUCGCCCCGGGAACAUUGGCCGCCGCGUCGUUUUGGGUGGGUUUGCGGCAGGAUAUAUACUAUGCUGUCAUGAAAAAGGCCACGGUAAAGCUCAGCCUGGUCUCCGCGCUGCCCAGCAAAGAUCCAUACGAGGAUAUUGAAGACGAUUACUACUGGGCCAACAGAGCUGUAGUGCACUGCGCCAACGUUUUGAACUUUUGCCAUGGUGACCAGGCGAACCGCACGUCUGACCGGUGGGAGCUGCUCGUCCAAGAAAAUGAACAUUGGGCGGCCCGAAUGGGGAGGGGAGACAGCAACAAGCUGGCCAUGCUGAGGGAGGAAUCUGACUUUUGGGUGCCCUACGUCAAAGAAAACGACAAUACCAAGCCCUUUCCAGAGAUUUGGUAUCUGAGAAGCUGCCAAGUUAUCGGGAUGCAACACUUUCUUCUCGCCUCAGCCUUUCUGUUCUAUAACAAACCAAGGCAUGGGAUGGCCUCGAUGGAUGAGGCCCAAGCGCUGACGAAUCACGUUCAGGCACUGGUGCGAGAAAUUUGUGGCAUUGGGCUCGGAAACAAGAGCAUAGCUCCAAGCAUGUUCACUGCCUGCAUGGCAAUUGCAGCCUUCGGUCACUUGUUCAGCAGGCUCCAGGACCAGACUGCCAUGCUGGCCAUUCUCGAACAGACCGAGAAAGACCAUGCUCGUCCCACGUUGGAGGUCCAGCAACAGAUGAAGAAAGCCUGGCGCUGGCGAUAA